AUGACGAGUCGCCUUGGGUGUCGCCCGUAUCGUCAGACCACGGAGCAAAUAGGCGUGAGGAGACGAGAAAUUCGCGCUUUGCCCCCCUGUGCUGACCCUCGCCCAUCGCCCUUGCCCUGCCCGCCCACCGCCCGUCGCCCUCGCCGCCUAGCCGCCCGUCGACCUCGCUUCCCUCGCCCAUCGCUCUCGCUUUCCCCGCCUACCACCCUCGCCUCGCCUGUCCCCCUCGCUGCUUCCCCGCCCGCCGCCCUCGCAUCCGCCCGUCACCCGCCCUUCUGCCCGUUGCCCUCCCUUCCGCCCACCGUCCUUCCUUCCCCUCGUCGCGCUCCCUUCCGCCCGUCGCCCUCCCUUCGUCUCGUCGCCCUCCCGUCCUCCCGUUGCCUUCCCUUCCGCCCGCCGCCCUUCUUUUCCCUCGUCGCGCUCCCUUCCCCCCGUUGCCCCCCUUCGUCUCGUCGCCUCUCUGUCGUUCGUCGCCCUCCUUCCCGCUCGUCCCCUCGCAAUCCCCGUCUCUCUCUCCCCCCGUCGCCCUCUCUUUCCCCGUCGCCCUCCCAUCCACUCCUCGUUGUCCUCGCCAUCCCUCCCUUCUCCCUUCUCAUCUCGCACACUUCUCUCUCCCCGGCAUCUCCCUCGCUCCCCACGUCCUCUUCCCUGCUUCCCCCCAUCCCCUUCCGUGCUUCCCCCCAUCCCUUUCCAUGCUUCCCCCCAUCCCCUUCCGUGCUUCCCCUCAUCCCCUUCCGUGCUUCCCCCCAUCCCCUUGCGUGCUUCCCCCCAUCCCCUUCCGUGCUCCCCCCCGUCCCCUUGCGUGCUUCCCCCCAUCCCCUUCCCUGCUUCCCCCCAUCCCCUUCCGUGCUUCCCCUCAUCCCCUUCCGUGCUUCCCCCCAUCCCCUUCCGUGCUUCCCCUCAUCCCCUUCCGUGCUUCCCCCCAUCCCCUUCCCUGCUUCCCCUAAUCCCCUUCCGUGCUUCCCCCGUCCCCUUCCCUCCUUCCCCCCGUCCCCCUCCCAGCAUCCCCCCAUCCCCUUCCCUGCUCCCCCCCAUCCCCAUCCCUGCCUCCCCCGUCCCCUCCCCUGCCUCCCCCCAUCCCCUUCCCUGCUUCCCCCCAACCCCUUCCCUGCUCCCCCCCAUCCCCCUUUCAGCAUCCCCCCAUCCUUUUCCUGCUUCCCCCCAACCCUUUCCCUGCUCCCCCCCAUCCUCUUCCCUGCUUCCCCCCAUCUCCUUCCCUGCUUCCCCCCAUCUCCUUCCCUGCUUCCCUCUGUUUCACCCUUGCUCCUUCUGUGCCCAGCACCAGAUGUGGCUUUACCACAGCCCGGUUUAUUGCUUGCAGUGUAG